AUGGGGAAGUGCCCUUCUUUGAUAAUCUGUUUGGCUUCUUCUCUUUUUCUUGUCAUUCAAGACCUCGAAGUCGUUAACGCCGUCGGGUGUGCCGGAAGCUUCUUAAACGCUAACAGCAGCUACGUUCAGAACCGCGACAAUCUCUUCUCUACUCUUCCUGAUAAAGUCGUCGCCAAUGGUGGAUUCUACAACGUUUCACUCGGCAAAAGUCCCAAUAGAGCUCACGUUAUUGUUCUCUGCGCAAGAGGCUACAAGCAACAAGCUUGUAUCGGUUGUGUCGAAAGCGCGUCUCGGGGUAUACAAACGAACUGUCUAAGCCGCAUGGAUUCGUUCACGUGGGACAAAGACGAGGAAGACCAUAUUUCUUGUCUUGUACGCUCCUCAAACCACUCAACCUUCGGGGAGCUCGAGCUUAGACCUGCUAUUAUAUACCCCAGUCCACUUAGCAUCGACCCGUCCAAAAACAUGACCCUCUUCGAACAACAGUGGGACGCAAUGGUUAACAAGACCGUGGAGGCUGCCACGGAAACCGAAACUUCGUCUGUACUCAAGUACUAUGCUGCCGAAAGAGCCGAGUUCACGGAGUAUUCAAAUGUUUACAUGCUGAUGCAGUGCACACCCGACAUUACUUCCCAAGAUUGCAAGAGAUAUGAAGUGAAGCGUUCGCUUCUCACUUGGGAGGUGAGGUUCAAAAUUAUUGAAGGCGUUGCUCGAGGUCUUGUUUAUCUCCAUGAAGACUCUCAGCUGAAGAUAAUUCACCGAGACUUGAAGGCGAGCAACAUCCUUUUAGAUGCAGAGAUGAACCCUAAAGUUGCAGACUUUGGGACCGCGAGGUUGUUCGACACUGAUGAGACUCGUGCUGAAACAAAAAGAAUAGCUGGAACCCGGUAA